AGACGCUCACUCUCGUCGCUUGCUUUAUCACGUGCGGAGUGCGGUUUAAUCCACGUUUCAUCUAAUCAAUCUUUCGUACAUCGUUUUAUACACAGAGGAGGUGUAGAAAAUCUAAUGAACUAAAACUAUUGUUUAUAGUGUUUUGUGUUGAGACUGUUUACACAAGUGCUGGCUUGCGUUUGCCUAAAGCUGAAAGCUCGGUCGCAGUUUUGUUGAAAUUACAGCAGACCUGAACCCAGCCAUGAGGGACGAACGCGCGAGCCCUCCGCGCGUGCGCAUCGCCGUCAUUGGCAGCUCCCGCGUUGGCAAGUCCGCUCUCAUCGUCAGGUACCUUACAAGAAGAUACAUCGGUGAAUACCAUUCAAAUACAGAUCUACUAUACAGACAAACUGUGCCAAUAAACGGCACUCCAGUGGAGCUGGAGGUGAUAGACGUAUCUGGCUCCAACGCUGACAAGUUUCCGGCAGAACAGAUCCAAUGGGCUGAUGCGUGCCUACUUGUAUAUUCAGUGACGGAUAGGAGUAGCUUCGAAUACGCCCAAGAAAUCCUAAAUACGCUGAAAAGGACACCCUCAAAUGGAAGCCCAGCUCACGGACCCACUGCAGCAUCCACAGGCAUGCCUCUUGCGUUGUUAGGAAACAAAACAGACUUGGAUCAUCUGAGACAGGUGCCAACAAAAGAGGGUCAAGCGAUUAGUGCGGCCCACGGCGCGUCCUUCAGCGAAGCGAGCGUGGCGGACAACUCCGGUGACCUCUACCGCUGCGUCGACCGCCUGCUGGCCGAGGUCCGCACCCCGCAGAGGACGAGAAAGUUCUCUGUCACCAAAAUGCUGGGAUCGCUUAUAGGUGGUGCAGCCAACAACACCCACAGCACCCGCGGGUCAGUGGUGGCCUGCCCCCGCGUGCCCGCGCCAUCGCGCCCGGCCCUAGCGGCCGCCGCGCCCUGACCGGAAGCGGAACCGGCGCACCGGGCGCGCUGACGCCUCCCGGGCGCCGCUUGCCUUGUCUGCCUGCCAGUGCCGGCGCGAUUCCUGUCACCCGCACCACUGUCCACCAACUAAACUGUGACCUAAACGUGACUUACAGUGCGUUAAUAAAAUAAGUAUUAUUAUAAUAAUUCAAUGCUUAUAGUUCAUUUCUGGUAAAAAGACCGCUGGCCUGUGCUAGCGAUUUAUUCAUCUAUUUGAUGGUAUGAAUUUAGCACACUAUGUCAUAUGCAUCCUUAGAUCAAAUCUGUUUCAAUUCAAAAACCUCGUCUUGUGAGAAAACCUCUUUUUCUUGAUUAUCUUUACGGGAAUAAAACCAUAGUAACUAAGUAUGUUCAAAAUUCAUUCAAAAACUUUUUUAGAAUUUUCGUCUUUGAUCGUAAAAGAUCAGUGUUUCUGUGUUCAAAAAAAAUGUUUGUUAAGUUAAAACAGUUUUGGUAUAUAGGGGUGCGAUAUAAGCACAUGAGAAGAAAUUCCAAUCCUUACUCAUGUGCUAUGAGCUAUAAUUUUAUUGUUUCUUGCGUAGUGUGAGAAAGCAGUACCUGUGCGCAGACAAUACCUUCGCUGUCUUUCAGCGUUCUUUUUACCUGAAAGUAACUGUACAAGCGGUAUGAAAACUUUUAGCUCAAAAUGAGCAUUCGUGCAGAUUCAGUGCUAAACUAAUGUAACAUCACUUGUUAAGUGUUCAAAGUACUUUAGAACUUCCUAGACUAAGUGUUUUGGACCACCAGUCUACAUUUAAUAUUAUAAAGAGGUACGGUUUAUAAUUUUCGAUAUAUGAGAAUUUCUGGAACUAAUGAUCCGAUUUUAAAAAUUCUUUCACUGAUACAUACCUAGCUACAUUAUCCCAGAGUGCUAUAGGUUAUAAAUUACGCGAAUGAAGUAGCGGGUAGCUAGUCACCAAUAUGGUGACAUGCGUAAAAUUUUAGGCAAAGUGUAGUACAAGGACUCAUUCUUAAGACUGCCUCUACUUAGAAGUAGGUUUUCAAAAAUAAGAGUACUGAAUGAUUUAUAAUAGGCAAUGUCUUAUUGCCUGUAUAGAGUGGUUUACCAUAGCCAUCUAUAACGUAAUAAUGAGAACUUUUUAAUUCCAAUAGGUAGAAAAGAUGGUAUAUGACAAAAGUAGGUAAUUUCGAUACACCUGAUUACCUUGAGGGUGCUUGGUAGUUGGUUUUAGAAGUAUUUUCUACAAAGGGACGAAGCAGCUCUAUAGCUGUAGGUACAUAAUAGUUUUAUGCAUAUUUAGUACUUAUGGAUUUAAAGUCUUACUUAAUUUAAAUGUGCUUAUAGUCACUAUUAUAAAGUCACUGGGUAAAAGGGAAAAAGGGGUGGCAUAAAAUCAUUAAAAGUUGGUGCAUUUUAUAAGCUUUAAAAGCCCGUCAUUUAAACUUUGCACUAAUGAUGUACCUACCUACUUUAUAGAUGCUAUGUAAGUGUAAAUAAUAUGUUUAAGUAGAUAACAAAGAAUGAAUGUUCAAAAUACGUACACAUGCAGUAUCUAUCGUAAAUCUUGACAAUAAUCUUAUCUUGGAGUCAUCGUUGAGAAAAGAUACCUGAGUAUGGCCCUCACUAAUCAAGAUUCUUAUAUUUCCGUCAUGAUAUAUUUGACGUCCAUAUGCAGUGAGAUCUUUAUAAGUAAGGGCCCGUGUAUAUGUAUAAAUCUAAAUGUGCCAAAGAUUAAUAAUUGUAUUUGUAAGUUAUGUGCAUAAAUUUUAUAUACGUAUCAAAUACUUACCUAAAAUGGUUCUUUAAUGCACAACAUGUAAUGAAUGUGCCUAAAAUCUUUAUAGAUUAUUGAAACAUAUUCAAAAAAAUUAAUAUUAUAAAUAUAUUUCAAAGAAAUAAUAUAAGUGUUGAUACUUACAUAAAAAAUAAGUUCAAAAUAAUUACAACUGGUCAUUACAUAAGCAUUUAUUUAUUUAAGAAGUUGUAAUUAUUGCGUAAAAAUACGAACGGUAUCUUAAGUAUAGGGAUAAACCCAGCGGGAUUCCUGAAGGCAAAAUCUGCGCGUGCGUUUUUCCGCUCGCGGAAUUCAGUUAACUUUGUCCCUGAACUUAAUGUAGUAUCGUAUACUCGUCAUCACAUAUCUAGUUUUGAAUGUUUUAAUAUGCUUUCUGGUCAUAGAAAAUGCUACAUUAAUAUGAUGAAAAACUCAACACGCGUCAAGUCGGGUCUCGUGUUAUAAGUAUGUUACCAGCUUUAAUCUAGUGUGCUUGUAUAAUUAGUAUUAUUCUGUUUAAAAUAUUGUCAUACUAUUCAAAUAUGAAAUUACUGUAAAUGGCUAAUGAUCAAAAGGUACUUAAAGCUAUCGGGCCUAAUUUUAUUGUUUUGAACUUCGAAGCUACUGAUGAAAUACUUAGUUGUUCUUGGUAAUAUUAAGUGUAGCAAAAUUUUUAUACAAAAAUCUUUUCUACUUUUGCACAGUAUUACUAUUCUUAAGGUUAGGUUUAAUCUUAUUACAAUCUUAAGCCAGCCACAAUGAAUGGAUUAUUCAAUAUUCACCUUUUAUCGAAACUAUAAAUUCUUCUUUGACAUCACUACAAUGAAUAUGAAUAAUUUAUUUACGUACGUCAAGCUAUAAGUUUACGAUUAUGUAAUGUGCAUAAAAAACUUUGACCCUAUUCUUAUUCAGACUUCAAAGUCAUUUUCAGUAUAAAGAUAUCUAUUUAUAUCCAGUGGAUUUCUAGCUAAUAAAUCAACGGACAGUUUUAUUUUACUAGAACCUAUCUUUUCUGUAGAAGUCUGAAUAGGCAUCUUCUAGGCAGGCGCGUAGCACCUCAUUCAUCACAUUGUAAUUGGGUGUAAUUAUAGUCAAACGCAUGCCUAUUUAGCUAAAAAAGUUAUAAAAAACUGUCUUAUAUAUAUGAAACUAUGCCCUGGUAUGAUUUUAAGCUGAAAUACUGAUAUUAUGUACCUAUCUACACUUCAAAGUACAUUAUAGUCAAGUCUAGUCAUUAGGUAUAGGCUGUGAAAAGACAUUGUAGAAUGAAAUGAAUGUUAUCUUUCUGUGUAUGAUACGCAUUACCAAGCUAUGAGAAAUUACAUUAUUAUUAACAUAGUGUAGUUAGUGUAUUUAUUAAAAAUACCAAAGAACCAAAUAUUAAAUGUUAAAUAUGGAAAAUGAUUGCUGAUUUAUAUGUGUUGAAAAACAUUAAUAUUAUGUUAGUUGUUACUGAAAUACCUAAUUGUUGAUGGAAAUGCUGAUUGUUGUAAUUAUGCUAAUAUAAUAGAAGUGUAUCAAACAAUAUGAUUGUUGUAAUCAAAAAAAUAUAUAUAAAUAAUAAAAUUUGCCAUGCUUGGCGUAAAUUAAUAAAUUCACAGUGUCAGUGCGUUGCUGAUUUUCUUAUUAGAACUUGGCUUUAUCCACUGACGUGUGUCUUAAUCAUGUCUUAUAGAAUUCUAUUCAUGAUUACUAUUAAAAUAAUUGGUUUUUAUAAUAUACAUCAUAUUAUUUAGUGUGCAUUUCUUUUCAUAAUUAGCCACUAUUUUGGUUCUACUUUAGCUAUAGGUAUUUGCUGAUUGCUUCAAUUAGUUUUCCAUCGACAAAAAACUUAAAUAAUCUGAGAAAAUGGAGAAAAUGGUAUUAAAAUAAAAAGAGAAUGGCUAAAGAUUAUAAUAUAAGUAGUUUUAAGAGAAAAAGAAAUAUGAACUGAUUGCCAGUAAGAUGUAAAUAAUUGUAUGUUAAUGAAUUAAAUGUUUAAUUAAUAAUGGA